AUGCGUGCUUCGUCGAUCCUCCUCCCGGCACUCUGUGCUUCGGUCUUGGCCGCCCCCGUUUACCCAGACCUCAAUGUCAAGGCCGCCAUGCCAGAUGACGCCAUGAGCGAUAUCUCCCAGUACUUCAACAUGUUGGCCCAGAAGACACAGGAGGGCAGGCAGAUGGCUCGAGCACCGGCCUGCGAUAUGAGCGCUGCGAAGCUGCCAGUGGCAACCCCCGAGGGCCUGCCAGACGUCACCCCGGGUCUGAUCCUCAAGCACGUCGCCAUCGGCCGCGGCACCCAGAACUACACGUGCGAUACCGCAAACACCACGGCGGCACCCACGGCCACCGGCGCCGUCGCCACCCUGUUCAACGCCAGCUGCAUCGCCGCCACCUACCCGGACCUGCUCAACAUGCUGCCCCGCGUGUCCAUGGCCUUCAACCUGACCGCCUCCGCCUCUUACCCCAAGAACCUGGUCCCGACCUCGACCAACAGCAGGCUGGCCCCGGGCAACUACGUGAUCAGCGGCCACCACUACUUCCUCGACAGCACCACCCCCUUCUUCACCCUCGACACCGACAACCUCAAGCUGGGCGUCAUCCCCUGCAGCAAGAAGGCCGCCGUCAACGCCCCGGCCGACGCCCCCGCCGGUCAGCAGGGUGAGAAGGCCGUGCCCUGGCUCAAGCUCUCGGCCAAGGAGGGCGCCACCGGCCGCCUGCAGGAGGUCUAUCGCGUCGAGACGGCAGGCGGGAGCGCCCCGAGCACGUGUUCCGGCAUGCCGGCCUCCUUCCAGGUCGAAUACAGCGCACAGUACUGGUUCUUCGAGUCCGAAUCAUGA